UCCACUGUUUUACCGACUUCUUUUCGAAGUUUUCCGCAAGAUGGCGUUGUGUAUGCUUUCAAAAACCUAAUCGGCCACCAUUGUGAAGGCGAUUCAAUUGCAUACUUUGGGGAUUUUAACGUUUUAUGUGAUAAUUACCGACGAAAUAUAAAGUUUUAUUCGGUAAGAUACAGUGUCCAAUAUUUUGGGAACCGAAUUCAAGCUAAAAUUUGUGCUAGAAGUGCUUAAUUUCAAAACCUAAAUGCGUUCAAAAUGUCACGCGAAGUGAGCAUCAAAUUCGUGAACACCAUACCAUGCACUAAAUAAUCCUAGUUUUCUUUGGAAUAAGUGUUUGCUACUCGUGUAAGUGAGUUGUUUCACCCCCGGAAUACGUGUGACACGCUGUGGAUAGUCGAAAAUUUAACGUGCGCUGAUGAAAACGUUUCAGAAGUAUCUGUACACGUCGUAAGGGAGCGCAGUUACGCGGGCGAAGGCUUCAAACUUGCCGGCAUCAUUAUGGUGGACUGAAGGAGUGUUUGUUGACGGAUUGGUGUUGAAUACGUGUUGUAAACAGUGCGGCGCAUACGAUGUCGGGCGGCUCGCAGCACAACCCUAAUGGUCGACAGUCGCAGCUGGGCUCAGGAUGGAGCCCCCUGCAGGUGUUACAGGUGGCGAACCUGCUGGCGCGCGCGCCGCAGGCCCACAUGGCGUCGGACCGCGGCGUGACGUGGCACACGCCCACACCGCCGCCGCCCCUCUACCACGUGCCGCCGCCCUCGCCCCCCGACCCCCUGCAGGGUCUGUUGCAAUUGCAGGCGUUGAAGUCGGCGGGCGGGAACUCUGUUUUCCGACACACUGCGACCCCACCCGAACUGUACAGACAUACGCCGACGCCGCCGGAUAAACACUUGAUGAGACAUACCCCUUCUCCUGGAGACAUAAAGGCUAAUGCCGCGUUACCACCCGUAGACUUAUAUCAACAUCUUGCACCGUCUCGUGCGGACAAGAUGCGCGCGGAGGAGCUGCUGGCGUACACGCGCGUGGGCGUGGACCUGUCGCUGGGCGGCGGGCGCGCGGCCAACGGCGCGGCCACGUCGCCCGCGCCCGCCGCCGCGCCCGCGCUGUCCGUGCGCGACGCGCCCACCAUCAACAGCCUCAUCGCGCGCGCGCAGCCGCGACACCCGCACGCGCGCGUGGACUCGCUGCUGGAGCGCCUCGUGCCCUCGCCCGUGUCGCCGCACUCCGUCAUCGUGCACUCGCGGGCCGCGCCCACGCCCUCGCCGCCCUCCUCCAAUGAGGAUUCGGCGGAUUCGUGCGGUGCUCCCCCCGGCUCGAAGAGGAAACGUAAGCCGGAGCGCACCGUGCGUGUGGCCGCGGCCCCUCCCCCACCUAUUCCCAUCGUGCCCGUCAUCGUGCCCGCGACCAUCGCGCCCCUGGUGGCACCACGAGUGUCCCCGCCGCCCUCCCCCCCGCCUGCACCUGCGCCCGCGCCUCUGCCAAGAGAGAAUGGUGACACGCCGCACAACGACGUCAAAACGGAGGGACCCGACGAGCGGCCCGCCUCACCGCGUCCUGAACAACCCCACGCCAGAAGAAAAACACGCUCGGGUUCCGCGGAGACGAUAGAUGACAUUGCUGCCAUGAUCGCCGACACAGACAGCGCGCCGCCCGCCGCGCCCCUGCUGCCGCCCGCGCCCGCCGCCGUCAGCGUGGACAAGCUGCGCAGCGUGCUGGCCAGCCCGGACGCCGCGCGCCCCGAGGCCGUGCCCCCCGCGCCCGAGCCCGGCCCCGCCGCCGCCAGCGAGGCGGCCGCCGCCCCGCCCCCGGCCCCCGCGGCAGCCCCUCGCCGCCGCAGUGCGCGCACUUCAAACCCCGAAGCGCCCAAUGUGCCGGUGGAGUCUCCCUCCGAGGGCAAGCCCGCCGAACCGGAACCCGCCGCCGCAAGCUUCGUAGAGGUGGAGAACCAACUCGAAAAGAUGUUCGCUGGGUUAGAAGAAGAGCCACGCUCCAGUCCUGCACCAGGAUCGAGCGAGGCGGCCGCCGCGCCCGCCGCCGCUCGCAAGAGGCGCCGCUCCGCGCCCGCGCGCUCUGACCGCCGCACUAUAGCCGCGCGGAAGAAGGCGCAGAGGAAAAAGGUGGACGCGCGACGACCACGCAAGGGCCCGAGAGAAGCGAGCACACGAGACGCCUACGAUUCGGGUAGCAACGCCAGCUCCAGCAAGUCGAGGGGACCCUACAUACAGAUUCGCGGUCCCCGUGACUCGCCGCUGUCGGUAAGCGUUAUGAACACGACUACUGGCGAGGAGGAGGAGUCAGGAGGGCGGCGCAAGGCGGGCGAGGAGUUCCGCGGAGUGCGCGGAGCUCGCGGAGUGCGCGGCGUGCGGCGCGGGCUGCACGCCAGCACGCUGGGGCUGCGCUACGACGCCAGCACGCCCGACAAGACCUGGCUGUGCGCCUUCUGCCAGCGGGGGCCGCACGCCGCCUCGCUCGGGGACCUGUUCGGGCCCUACACGCUCGACACCGACUGCGAUGAGUACAGGUCGAUGGACGAGGCUACACGGCGGCGCUACUGCAGCCGCGCGGAGGAGGGCACGGAGAACCCCGACGAGGAGGUGGCGGACGAGGUGUGGUUCCACGAGGCGUGCGGCGUGUGGGCGCCCGGGCUGGUGGCGGCGGGCGCGCGGCUGUGGGGGCUGGCGGCCGCCGUGUGGGGCGCGCGCGGGGCCCGCUGCGCGCUGUGCGGCCUGCCCGGCGCGCAGCUGGAUACGGACGCGUUCGCGUGUAUUGUACGUAGGCCGGCGGCCGGCGGGCUGCUGCAGCCGCGGCCGCGGCCGAGGGGCUGA